AUGAUAUCAGGAGGUAAUCAACAAUCGCUGCAAGGUGUUGCCUCGUCAUCAUCAAACACCAUAAUCGAUUACGGGAGCAAUCCGACCGUAGGAGGUGGUAGUAAUUUUCAAAUGGGUCUUGAAGCUGAAGCGAUGGCUUUCAUGAUUUCUUUGAAAAAAGGAUUACAUUCAUCAGUGGUUGCUCAACAAAUCCAAAGUGUUGUUAGAUUCACUGAUCUCAUCACUGAGUAUCCUCUUCCGAUAAUUGCCAAUAGCACUUUGUUAAAAUUGGCUGAUGUCUUUCGAGACUGUAAUAAUAAUUUUGUUCGAUAUUGGAUUGUGAGUGUCUUUGAAGAGGUGAAAGGAGAAUUAUUAAAAGUAUUAAAUCAAGAAGAAUUAAUUCGGAGAAUAUCUGCAGUAUUGGGUUCUAAUGAUCCAAUAGCUCGAUCAUUGGCACUUAGAAUGUUUGGUCACAUGGCCGAAAUACUUUCCGAUCGAACAGACUUGCAUCAUCUCAUUGAAAAGAACUUGUUGACUUGCAUUGAAGGAUAUGAGAGGGAGUCAUGCGUUGUUGCCAUUGAACAAAUAUGUUCAUCAUCAAAACAAUUUGCUUCUCAGAUUCUGCCACAAAUUGAAAUAUUGCUGAAUGACAUCAAGUCACCUCCCCAGGCUAAGCUAUCUCUUAUACGAGUGUUAAGACACAUGCACAGUGAUGUAGAUACUGUGAACAGAACAUUCAAGUUAUGCUCCGAGACAUUAUUGAGAGCAUAUCCAACUACUCCUUUUAUAUUGGCUAUUAUUGACACGUUGACUCAGCUCGCCCAAAAUUCAGUUUUUAUUGGCAAGGAUACCUUUAAAUUAUUAUUUAAUAUAUUUGAGCUUGAUGGAAGAAAGAAGGUAAAGAUUGCAUGUCUGAAUAAUAUUACCAAACUCUCAAAAUAUCUCUCCGACACCUAUACCCUAGAUUUUCCCUUUGAUAUGCUAUCCAAGUUUUUGAAUAACUCUCCUUUCGACUCAAUCAAAACAUCAAUUCUCAAGUUAUUGGCAUCUCUUUCAUAUUCUCCCUUCAAUGUAAAACAGUGCUUUAACUUCUCAGAUAAGAACAACGUUAUUCACACUGUAGAAUUGCUAUUGUUUUACCAGAAAUUAGAAAUUUCUGAUUUAGCUUUUGAAAUUAUGAUUAAUGCUGUACGCCACUCAAAUCAAUCUGAACAAGUUCUUGAGCCUCUCCUUAAAAACUUGUCAAGAGCUUUUUGUUUUUCUAUUCCAUAUCGUGUUCGAAAUAACGAUAAUUUAUUCUUUAUCAAAAAAAUUUGUGAAUAUUUGGUACGCUUCAUCAAGUCCUUCCCAAGCUAUGCAGGUCUGAUCACGAAAACCCUUCUAGGUGAGAUUGGUAAUAUUUGUGUCUCUAUAUCCUCCAAUCAAAUCUCUCAAAAACAGGAAUUCCUAAGAUCAAGCAACAUGUAUUUCUCCAAAUGUCUUCUUAAAUUUUCAUCACACUGCCCCAACGUGCUCGUUCAUCACUUGAUGGCAAUAUAUGAAACUGCAGCUACUAUGAAUUUAUCAGACGAAAUUAUUGUAAAUCUCUAUGAAGUCAUUUUUCAGGCUCUAUACAUUAAUCGUCACAAAAACUUUAACAAUGAAUUCAGUCAAACAAAUAUUAAGGCUCUUAUUGAAACCAAGAGAUAUUGGUGCUUGUACUUGAUUGCUAAGAAUGCAAUGUUUUAUAGCCAUUUCAGCCUCUCUGAGUCUAUUUUGGGUAUCGUUAAGGACAAAGUGGAAGAAGAAGCAACAUCCUUCUAUUUGAAAUCUUUGUUCUUGUGGUCUAGUGCUGAGCAUUUGGCUAUGAAAAAUUAUAUGAAAAUGCAGGAUGUUUCAUUUGUGGAGACUGACAUUCUGCAAAAUUGUCUACAAAUGUUAGACCAGGCAACCAUGCUUCUUAAAGCGAGUGGUAUUAGCAAUUCUGGAUUUCAACAAUUAUAUUUUGGUCAGAGAAGACUAUUUAUUGAAAGCAUCCUUAAUUUAACUUUGCAUCUUUCAAACUUUAAUGAGCCCAGAAAUACUGCCACGUCUAAUGCUGUCUUCCAGCAUCAAUCACAAGUAUUUACCUCACUGAGCGACAAGCUCAAUGACAUGAUUAAUUCAUUCUUUGACAUUGAUAUGGGAAGUGCCAAAACUUUAGAGCUUCAAGCUCUUGCAUGCAGAGUGAUAUCCAAAGCUAUUUCAACCAUAUUGGUCGAUCAUUCUGUCUCUUCGAAAGCGAACACAACUUUACAAGCAUCCUCCAAGCCCAUCGGAGAGAUGUAUCAUCAUUCAGCACUGGAUCCUCUUUUCGUGCAGUGUCAACACAUUUUAAAGUCAUUGGAAAGUUUUGAUACAAACAAGCCCUACAACAAGUCAGUGCUGAUUCAUCGAAUCAUUUUGGCUAUUCUAAAAGCUGGUGCGCCUGUACCACAAUUCUUUUUCAAUUUGACGCCCCAUACUGCACCCAAGCUUGAGAUUGAGAUUAACAAUACCCACAAUAUCUUUACCAAGCCUGUAACAGCAAUUCUAGGGCAAGGACUUGUGAUUAAAUUCUCGGGCUAUAUUACACAGCAACGCAAACAAGCCACCACUGCUCAUCAACGCAAAGUGAAAUCUGUAUGCCUUACGAUUGAAAAGAAGUUGAUUUCCUCUUCAGCAACGUCACAGACGGAAGGAAAUUUCACAACAACGAACAACGACCUUGAAGAGGUUCAAAAAUUUAUCAUUCCAGUUGUGGAACAAUCAUUCCAAAGGAAAUGUCUUUGCCACUUCAAAUCUGAAGGAAGAUAUCAAUUAGCAAUAAGAACACAAAUGGUUGAUGAAAAUGAUUGCUACAUUUGGUGGACAAGCAAUUUGGCUGUGAGUGAUGUAAACUCUCUCACGUCUUAUGGAAGUGAUGAAAAACGCCACAUUGCAAUAGUGGUCGACGUAAAGCCUUUACCACUCAUUGCAAAUAGAUUAGCCUUGUAG